UCAUGACGUAGUAUCAUAUCGGGGAAGGAAACAGGAUAUUGGGUCAACUACCCAUAAAAAAAGACAUUAUAUUACACUUAAAAGGAGGCACACAUUUGGUCGUUGAACUGUUGUCAUCUUUGAAAGCUACGGCCAAGUCAGAAGUCAUGUCGUUCAUCUAUAGCUUUGAGAAUUAUGAACUGAAUGAAACCAUCCACAACAACUACACAACCUACGUUCCGGAUCCAGAGAAGAUAUCAUGUAGGACAGAACCUCUGGCUCCUACAGCAGCGCUGACCCUGUGUCUCAUCCUCAUUGCCAUCUUUUUCCUGGCAGUACCUGGGAACCUGUUAGUGGGGUGGGUGAUUGGCACCAGCAGACAGAUGCUGACUCCGUCGGAUGUGUACCUGUUUCACUUAACAAUAGCGGAUGGUCUGAUGGCCCUAACCCUCCCAUUCUGGGCCGCUGCAGCUAUCCAAGGAUGGAUCUUUGGAGACUUAAUGUGCAAGCUCCUCAGCCUCAUCAAAGAAGCAAACUUCUACACCAGCAUCCUCUUUCUGGCCUGCAUUAGCAUUGACCGCUAUCUUGUGAUAGUGCACGCCAGUGAGAGUCUCCAGAGUCGUCAGAGGAUGUGCACCCGGAUCCUGUGUGCAGCAGUUUGGGCCCUUGGUGUGGCCCUCGCUCUGCCUGCGCUUUUCAACGAUGCCUCCAAGCUACCUAACUCAGAGGGGAUGAUGUGCCAAGAAUCCUUUCACAUCGGCAGCGCCUCCUUAUGGAGGAGUUUCACUCGCGGGUUUCGCCAUAUUUUUGGCUUCUUGCUCCCUCUGGGUGCCAUGAUAGCCUGCUACAGCGUCACCAUCGCGAGGCUGCUGCGCACUCGAGGUUUCCAGAAGCACAGGGCCAUGAAGGUGAUCAUAGCCGUGGUGAUUGCGUUUCUUCUGUGCUGGACGCCAUACCACAUAGUCCUGAUAGUGGAAACACUCCUGAGGGCUAAGCUGAUAAAUUAUGACUGUGCUUUGAGGAAAUCAGUGGACAGGGCUUUGUAUAUAAGUCAAAACCUGGCUCUGUCCCACAGCUGCAUCAACCCUUUCCUCUAUGCCUUCGUAGGAGUGAAGUUCAGGAACAAAAUGACACGACUUCUUCCGCGGAAAGCCAGACAGGAGUGGAUGUCGGGGUCAAAGUUCAGCAGGUCGACAUCUCAGACCUCAGAAACGAACGGAGCUGUUCUUUGAAAUCGAUCAAUGUAGACUAACAUUUUUUAAAUAUAUAUGUUUAUGAUUGUGUAUUUUCCCUUUUUUGUUUCAUGCAUUCUCUAAUUUUGAUCUGUGGUACACUGCUGCCAUCUAUUGGAUUUACUGUUUCUCUACAUCCACUAUUGAAGCCUCUGAUUUGAUCAAAUCUAUUUUCAUUUUUUCUCAUUAUUUCCAUUUUCCUUGCUCAGGAAUAGACCAGCAUUAUAAUUCUGUAAAUUAAUUUUAGUGUUUUUAAUCUUGGAGUGCAUGUAUUAAAUAGGUCUAUACAAUAGGUACCCCCAAUUCAACCCUUCACUCUGACACAGCUUUUAUAAUCCAUCUGAUGUUUCCGUUUAUUUAUAGCCUAUACUGUAUAUGCUAAAAAUGUUUUAUAAACUGUAAAUCCUGCUGUCUUCAUGUUUCAGUGUUUUCAGGUUCCAACAAGUUCAUCAUUAGCAGACUGAUCUCAUAUAUUUACGCAAAGUCAUGAUGCCAUGUUGUCAUUAGAAAUAAAAGGCUAUGCAAUCUUUCUUGCACUGACUGAUUUAAUCUUGUAGACUUGUGGUUAGUUAAUAUUCACACAGGGUAUUUUCUGACAAAUAAAAUAAUGAACAACUCA